AUGCUGUAUCGUGACAUCGUGGGCGCCCCCUGCUCUCCUGCAGCUGCCCCCAUGCUGCCCAGGGUCUCCCCCUGUCUUCUCUCCUGGCUCCUGCCCCGUGUCCUCAGCUUCGCAGCAGCUGUCAGAGCCUGGAUACUCCACCUCCCUAUCCUGCAGGACAGUCCCCCUCAGGUGGCCCAGAGCCUCCUCCAGCUGCUGCCCCCUGGACCACAGGAUGUGGGAAUCAACACUAGACUUGAAAGGGUCAGAGGUUGGGUGCUCCGGAAGGGCCUGGGGAAGGUGCGUCCUGGGGUCAGGGAGAGUGAAGGCGAGCAGGGAGCUGCGGUCAUCGGGGAGGGCUCCCCUCCGCCUACCGGAUGCCAGUCUCACCCCGUAGCGGAGGGGACACGCCCCUCUGCAGCUCCUCCCCGACGGCGCCGGGCGGCACAGGGACCUGAGGCGGGAGGGGAGAGUCGGCACAGAAGUCGGGAAGGAGCGCUGGGCGGCUUCGCAGCCACACUCGGGUUCCCACCGGCGCUGGGACUGCCGGUCCCUCCGACCCCUCCGAGCGCGGCGCCCAGCACCGCCACCAGCGUGCGGGCGAGUCCGCUCCGAGGCCACGCCCACCCGGACGGGGUCCGAGCCGAGGCCCCUCCGGCCGGCCCUGCCCCCUCACCUGGAGGGUGCCUGGGGCGGCCGCGGGGAGAAGAGAGCCUCCAGAUCCUGAUGGGGACCGAAGGGGACAGCCCCCUGCAGAUGGACAUCAAUACCACUGAGACCGAGGCCUCCGAGCCAUGGGACUGUGUCCUUGUGGCUGAUCACUGCACCCAGAGAAACCCCAGGCAGGUCCAGCGGCAGCAGCAGUUCCUGGAAGAGCUCGAGAGGAAGGGCUUCUGCUACAAGGUGAGGGAGGACCAGGCAAAGGUGUUCUUUGGGAUCCGAGCUGAUGGCCGGGUCUUUGACCGGUACUGCAGACUUCUCAUGGAGCCCGAGGCUACCGCCCCCAGAGGGGAGCUGGCCAGGCCAACUUCCAUCCCAGCCACCACCAGAAUCCAAAUUGUCAACUUUGUGCUGAACAGCAAGAUGGCCGCUGGUGACACACUCCAGGAUUUGGUGAAGGAUGGGGUCUUUGAGGCCGGGUUUCCCCUACACAAGGGGGAGGAAGACCUAAAGGAGAAAUGGGCCCGGUGGAGAAACAUGUUCCAAGAGCAGCCAGUUGGUGACAUCAGGGACUACUUCUGUGAGCAGGUGGCGCAGUGCCUCGCCUGGCGCGGCUGGUACCCCUGCAUGCUGGUGCCCGCCUUGGUGGUGGGCCUCAUCGUCUUCCUGAGCAGGUUUGCCCACUUCGAAGCCAGCCAGAUCAGCAGGGAGAUCUCUGAGGCCCACGACGUCUACAUGUGCCCUCGCGGCGACCACAACCCCAGGCACCAGCUGCUCUCAGAAACCUGCGCCUUCGCCAAGCUCACCCACCUCUUGGACAACGAGGGCACCGCGCUGUUCGCCGUGUUCACGGCGCUGUGGGCCACCGUGUUCCUGGAGUUGUGGAAGCGGGAGCGAGCCCGUGUGGUCCUGCAACGGGACCUGUACGGGUGGGACGAGGACCAGAUGAGGCUGAGCCAGGAGGAAAUGGUGCUGGGGCUCAUUGCCUGCCCUGACUACCAGCCCCGGCGGCACGAGCACUCCUACACGCGGAGUACCGUCAUCCUCCUGCUGUCUCUGUUGAUGAUCUGCCUGAUGAUAGGCAUGGCCCACGUCCUGGUGAUCUGCCGCGUCCUGGCCGCUGCCCUUUUCAGCUCCGCCUUGCCCUUCCUGGGGGAGCAGGUGACCACGGCCGUGGUGGUGACCGGGGCCCUGGUUCACUAUGUGAGCAUCCUCGUCAUGACCAAGAUCAACAAAUAUGUGGCACUGAAGCUUUGUGACUUUGGUGAGAGGAGGGCUCCCCUGAGCCCCUCUCUGGCUACUGGAGGGAGGAUUCAGGAGAAGCCCAGGACCUUCUCAGAGCGAGAGAGCAAGUUCACCAUCAAGUUCUUCAUGCAGUUCUUUGCUCUUCACUCCUCCUCCCUUAUCUACAUUGCCUGCAUCCUGGGCAGGAUCAACGGUAACCCUGGGAAGUCCGUGCGCCUGGCAGGGCUGUGGAAGCUGGAGGAGUGCCAUCUCAGCGGCUGCAUGACGGACCUGUUCGUGCAGGUGGCCAUCAUCACGGGUCUGAAACAAACGCUCAGCCACUGCAUGGAGUACCUGGGCCCGUGCCUGGCCCACAAGUGUCGCUCGAUGCGAGCCACGUCCCAGGACCCCGAGCUGAGGCACUGGCGGCGCAACUACCGCCUGAACCCGGUCAACACCUUCAGCCUGUUCGAGGAGUUCCCGGAGAUGAUGAUCCAGUACGGCUUCACCACCGUCUUCGUGGCCGCCUUCCCGCUCGCCCCGCUGCUGGCGCUCUUCAGCAACCUCGUGGAGAUCCACUUGGACACCAUCAAGAUGGUCCAGGUGCAGCGGCGCCUGGUGCCCUGCAAGGCCAAGGACAUCGGGACUUGGCUGCAGGCGCUGGCGAUAAUUGGCGUGCUGGCGGUCAUUGCCGACGGGAUGGUCAUCGCCUUCACAUCUGAGUUCAUCCCCCGAGUGGUGUACAAGUACCGCUAUGGCCCGUGCCGACAGGGGGCCCACCCUGCAGUCGACUGCCUCACGGGGUACGUCAACCACAGCCUGUCCGUGUUCUACACCAAGGACUUCGGGAAUCCUGUUGAAAUAGAGGGCUCAGAGAAUGUGACCGAGUGCAGGUACCGGGACUGUGGCACCGCUCAGAACUCCAACUUCACUGAGCAGCCCUGGUUCCUCCUGGCCGUCCGUCUGACCUUCCUCAUCCUCUUCGAGCACGUGGCCUUAUGCGUCAGGCUCAUUGCUGGCUGGUUUGUGCCUGACGUGCCUCAGUGGGUGAAGAAUGAAGUCCUGAAGAAGCAGCACCAGAGACGUGGGGAGGCUGGGCUGCGAGCCCCGACGUGCCGGAGACUCCGGCCGAGAGCACAGACGUGCAGCGGGCCCGGAGCCGGCCAAGAGGCCGCGACGCAGAGCUGCGGCCGCCACCGCCCACCCCAGCCCCGGCUGUGUUCGCGGCGGCCGCGGCUCCAGGGGGCCGAGCGCAGGACCGUCUUGAACACCAGCCUGAGGCUCGAAGCAGGACAGUUGGGUCCGCCCUCGCCCCGGCUGCUGGGCGGGGCUGCACCUGCCACCGUCGCUGGGGCUGUCGCCGCUGCGCACCUGGCCCAGGUGAGCCGCUCCGCCCUCGCGGCCGCGCAAGCCCCGGGUCUUGGCAGCAGGAGAGGGAAGAGGCGCGCCGAGGCGCUGAGGGACCCCGCCUCCGCCCCAAAGUCCGAGCCCAGGCCCGAGGCCUCCCAGGGCGCCGGGGUCGAACGGAGAAACCUGCUGGAGCCGCUGCGCACCUGUGUCCGGGCGGAGCUACAGCCGUCCGCGCGCCCCGCCCUUCCGUGCGCGCCCCCGACCUGCCCGCCCCCGCGCCCCCCAAACGUGCGCGCCCUGCCCGGCUCACCCCACCCGGAGGAAGCGGGUACUAACGCCCCUCCGGGAAGGCGGAGCGCGGGCGUGGGGUGUGUGGAGGGCCCGGGGGUGCAGGAGGGGGCCUCUCGGCUCGCUGGGCCACAGAGCUUUGUGCAAGUUCUUUCCUUCGGGACAGACGUCCGGGGAUGA